UGACGGAGAAUCUUCAGCUGCAUGACGGGCCGAGUUCGGGCCUGAUCCGGCCCAGGAAAAGCAGAGGAAAGUCGAACCGACGCAUGAGAUCUCCCGGCAGCAUCCCGGCGAACUCCCGGCGAAAUCAUCGGCAAAUUAAGAACUCUCCGUAUCCAUUACUACGGUCAGUUUCUGAUUGCGGAAACAGAGAAAUGGGUAUCAACAUUGGAGGGCAGAUAGAGAGAGUGAGCGGGAAAGAGCUGAGUUACAGGGAGUUUGUGGAGAGGUACAUGAAGAAGAAUGAGCCAGUGGUGAUUACGGGUCUAAUGGAUGAUUGGAGAGCUUGCAGGGAUUGGGUCUCGGAAGGAGGGAAGCCCAAUCUCCAUUUCUUCUCUACCCACUUCGGGAAAUCCAGAGUUCAGGUGGCUGAUUGCGGUACUAGGGAAUUCACGGAUCAGAAAAGGGUGGAAAUGUCUGUCUCUCAGUUUGUUGACCAAUGGCUACAUUGUCACGGGGAAGACCAUGCUGAUGUUUCAACAAGUGAGAGGAACUCAAUACUGUAUUUGAAGGAUUGGCAUUUCGUAAAGGAAUACCCAGUAUAUACAGCAUACACAACACCACUUUUUUUCCAUGAUGAUUGGCUGAACCUCUAUCUUGACUAUCAUCACAUGCAUAAAGAUCCUGACACCUACCAAGAGACUAAUGAAAUAUGUUGCUCUGACUAUCGUUUUGUCUACAUGGGAGCAAAAGGAUCUUGGACUCCUCUUCACGCUGAUGUCUUCAGGUCAUAUAGCUGGUCAGCAAAUGUGUGUGGGAAAAAACAGUGGCUUUUCUUGCCCCCUUCUCAACAUCAUCUUGUGUUUGACAGAAAUAUGAAGAAUUCUGUCUAUGAUAUCUUCAAUGAUGUGAGUGAUAAAACCUUUCCUGGUUUUAAGAUGGCUGUUUGGCUAGAGUGCACGCAGGAAAGGAAUGAAAUUAUCUUUGUGCCAAGUGGAUGGUAUCAUCAAGUUCAUAAUCUGGAAGACACUAUAUCUAUAAAUCACAACUGGUUCAACUCAUACAACUUAUCGUGGAUUUGGGAUUUGCUUCAGAGAGACUACAACGAGGCUAAGGAUUACAUAGAGGACAUCAGGGACAUAUGCGAUGACUUUGAAGGUCUCUGCCAAAGAAAUCUUGCUGCUAAUACAGGCAUGAACUUCAAUGACUUCUUUACCUUCAUUACACGCUUCACGUUUGCAAACUUGGUCCUAUUGGACUAUCUAUGCAAAGACAAUGAGGAUGUCACCGGCAUGCCAUCAUCUCCAAUAGUUUCACACUUGAUUUCAAACCUUGCUUCCUUACGGAAGGUUGCUCUAAGCAUGGAAUCCACUGAAGGCUUAUCAGAUAAUCCUGGCAUUGUACAUUUAGCAGAAAUGUCGAACGAUCCUAAGUUCCUGGAGCUGUGCUCAGCUUUGGGCAAAACAUACAAGAUCAUACAUGGAUCAGAUCCUCAGAGUUAUGGAGCGUGGAGAGACAAUUUGGGUAACUCGGACCUUAUAAAGAUUUUGUCGAAGGUUUGCACUCCAAGAGAUCUUGUGAAUGGCAUGGACUGCGCUGUUAAAGAGCUUAGAAGUUUCAGCUCGCUCUCGAGUUAACUUAAUUAGUAAGAUCAGUCUCUGUCAAAGGGAGAAAUUCAGAAGAUGCCCAAUUCUAAAACCUUAGGGUGGUGCAUAAUCUUGUGAGUGUACAGUUAUACAGACGGGAUUUGCCAUUUUGUAACAUUAUCUACUUUUUCAUCUGGAUUUCAGGAUGCCAUAUGCGCACCGGUUAAAGUUAGGUUUAUGCUAUUGAGUGGGGCAGAAGAUUCCUAGUUUAAUCCCAACCUCGGCUAUUUGUAAAUUUUUGUACUAAAAGUGUGAAGAGCAGCUUUUGUCUAGAGAAUGAUUUUUGUGCGCAAGCACAACCCAUAAAGCAUAAAGCUUUCUUUGCCCAUCUUUUCUUUAGUAAUAAUAAGUCCCAUAAAGGGUUGUCUUUGCUUUUUA